AUGACCGCAUAUCUUUCAACUCCUCAAAAGAUUGUGUUUCAGGAGACUGAUCGAGAAGAACUUUAUGAAGAGUGUGUAGAGGAAAUGAUAAAGAGUUUAGAAAAGUUUGAAAAAAAUGGGAGCGGGUGGAAAUUUUAUCGUGUUGAGGGUUUAGAUCUGCAUACGGUGAAAUACACCCCUCUGAAAGGUUCUUCUUACAUUAAGCUACCAAAGCAUCUCGCAGAUAAAAAAGCUAUCAUAAAUAUGGAGAAUGAAGAUGAUGAAUGUUUUAAGUGGUGUGUCACGAGAGCCUUGAAUCCUGUUCAAAGUAAUCCUACUCGCAUCACAAAGAUUUUGAAAAAACAGGCAGAAAAACUCGUGUGGGGUGACAUUAAGUUUCCAAUGGAAGUGAAGAGCAUUGACCGCUUUGAAAAGUUAAAUCCAGAGAUCGGUGUCAACGUAUACAUGUAUGAAAAUGGACUCAAUCCCUUGAGAGUGAGCAAAGGUCAGGCUCAAGGUCUUAUUGAUCUUCUUCUCAUUCAAGAUGGUGACAGAAAGCAUUAUUGCCUCAUAAAGAAUUUGAGUCGGCUCGUAUCGAGUGAUUUGUCAAAGAAAAAGGCGAAGAAGUAUAUAUGUAGGAGGUGUCUUAAUUAUUUCGGCUCUCAGCGACUUCUUGACACACAUGACGCGCUGUGCCGAUUUCAUGAGGCUGUGAGAGAAAAGAUGCCAAAAGAUGGGACUACCCUCUCUUUCAAAAACCAUCACAAGAAGAUGGACAUGCCGUUUGUCAUCUAUGCUGAUUUUGAAUCAAUCAUUAAACUAUUGCACUCGGCUCAACCUAAUCCUGAAGAGUGUUACACAGAGAAAAAGUCUCAACAUAUUCCGCUAAGCUUUUGUUAUUAUCUCAAGUGCACAUUUGACAAUAGUUAUUCAAAACUGGUUGAAUACACAGCAAAGUCUGAAGAUGAAGAUGUGGCGCAAAUAUUCGUUGAAUCGCUUGAAGCGGAGGUUCAGUCUAUUUACGAAGACCACCCUCCUAAAAAGAUGAUCUUUACAAAGAGUGAUGCUGUUNGUGUGGUGUUUCACAACUUGGCAAACUAUGACGCCCAUCUCUUCGUUAGAAAUCUUGGUGUUUCAGAGGGUGACAUUGAUUGCAUACCAAACAACGAAGAGAAAUACAUCAGCUUCACAAAGCACGUUGUGGUUGACAAGUUUUUUGAUAAAAAGAAAGAAAAACUCGUCGAGGAAAAGAGAGAGUUGAGGUUUAUUGACAGCUUUAAAUUCAUGCCUCUCAGUCUUGACACGCUUGUCGGAAACCUUGCUGCAAAGGGCAAGCCUUUCUUUAUAAAUACAAGAAAAUAUUAUACCGGAGAGAAGCUUAACCUGCUGAUGAGAAAGGGUGUUUAUCCUUAUGAAUGGAUGGACUCUAUACACAAGCUUGAUGAGCCACAACUUCCACCGAAAGAAGCUUUUUUCUCCGUGUUAAGUGGUAAAGGUAUCUCAGAUGAAGACUAUACCCACGCUCAGAAUGUAUGGAAAGUCUUUGGAUGUAAGACUUUCAGAGAUUACCACAAUCUCUACAAUCGAAGCGACGUGCUUUUACCAGCCGAUGUGUUUGAAAACUUUCGAAAACUUUGCAAAAAGAACUAUGAUCUCGAUCCUUGUUGGUACUUCACCGCACCGGGUUUGGCUUGGGAUGCUUGUCUCAAGUUGACUAAAAUAAAACUCGAGUUGUUGAGCGAUAUAAAUAUGUUGCACAUGUUUGAGGCUGGUAUUCGCGGUGGGAUUUCAAUGAUUUCGACAAGGCAUGCAAAAGCCAACAACAAAUACAUGAAAGAAAAGUUUGACCCUACCCAACUUAUAACGUUCAUCAUGUAUCUCGAUGCAAACAACCUUUACGGUUGGGCGAUGAGUAAGCGUCUGCCGACGGGGGGUUUUAAAUGGGUAGAUGAGAAAGACUUUGAAAAAUGGAAGACUUUCCCUUGCAUUCUCGAAGUCGACCUAAAAGCUGUCAAAAAAGAGCUUCACGAUCACUUCAACGAGUAUGCACCCGCUCCUGAAAAUCUGUUGAUUGGGAAAGUGCAUAAGCUGACCUGUACGUUGAAUGAAAAGAAGAAGUACAUCGUUCAUCACGAGACACUAAAACAUUACAUGAGUCUUGGAAUCGAGAUCGGAAAGAUUCACCGCGUCAUCAGGUUCAAAGAGAGGCGUUGGAUGAAGAAGUAUAUUGCUCUCAACUCAAAAUUGAGAGCCAAAGCAAAAAAUGACUUUGAGAAGGACUUCUACAAGCUGAUGAACAACGCUGUCUUUGGUAAAACCAUGGAAAAUAUUCGAAAACGUGUUGACGUGAGACUUGUCACCUCAGAUGAGAAGGCAAAGAAGUUGGCAAAUAAGGUCAACUUCAAACAUUGCACCAUCUUCUCAGAGAAUCUGAGCGCGAUGCAUAUGGGGAAGACGCAGAUUCUUUUCAAUAAGCCUCUCUAUCUCGGGAUGAGCAUCCUCGAUAUUAGUAAGACAUUGAUGUAUGACUUUCACUACAACUACAUCAAACCUAAGUACCCAGAGGGUAAAUCAAAGCUUCUUUUCACUGAUACAGACAGUCUUUGUUAUGAGAUUCAGACCGAAGAUUUUUUCAAAGAUAUAAGUGGUGAUGUAGACCGUUUGUUUGACACAAGUGAGAUUAAAGAAGGGCAUCCCUCUGGGAUACCGACCGGUGUGAACAAGAAGGUCAUUGGAAUGUUCAAAGAUGAAGAAAAAGGAAAGAUAAUUGAAGAGUUUGUCGGAUAUCCAGAUGAUCGGUAUUCAUGGUUUUAA